AUGCUCUCCACCCCAUCUUCUCAAGCGGAACAACCCACAACUCCUGUUCCAAGUCUUCUUCUCGGUCGCAGUCUGCAAAUCACAAUUUUGGGUUCUCCUCAAAGAUGGCCGCCGUCGACGAGGGUUGUUCCGAUACUUUAA